CAUAGAAAUAGCUAGCCACGAAAAACAGGUGACGCAUUUAUCAAUUUCGUUUUAUGUCAAAAGUGCAGACAAAGAGUGUGAUUAUUUUGUAAUUUUUCACGUUUUUAUAAAUUUCUGUGUAAAAUGUCAUCAAGAAAAAAGGUACUUCUGAAGGUGAUCAUCCUUGGCGACAGCGGUGUGGGCAAAACUUCGCUUAUGAAUCAGUUUGUCAACAAGAAAUUUUCCAACCAGUACAAGGCAACAAUAGGCGCAGAUUUUCUCACGAAAGAGGUAAUCGUAGAUGAUCGAAUCGUCACUAUGCAAAUUUGGGAUACUGCAGGACAAGAACGAUUCCAGUCCCUGGGAGUGGCGUUUUAUCGUGGGGCGGAUUGUUGCGUCUUGGUGUUUGACGUAACUGCCCCCAACACGUUCAAGUCCUUGGAAAGUUGGAGAGACGAAUUUUUGAUACAAGCAUCGCCACGAGACCCUGAUAACUUCCCUUUCGUCAUAUUGGGCAACAAAGUUGAUCUGGACAAUCGCGCUGUUUCUGCCAAGCGUGCACAGCAGUGGUGUCAAAGUAAAAAUGAUAUUCCGUAUUUUGAAACUAGUGCCAAAGAGGCUGUAAACGUUGAGCUUGCAUUCCAGACCAUUGCUCGUAAUGCAUUGGCACAAGAGACAGAAGCAGAGCUUUACAAUGAGUUCCCUGAUCAAAUCAAGUUGAACGCCAAUGACAAUGGCCGCAACAGGGAUGGUGACAACUGUGCUUGCUAGGCCCUAAGGUACAUGCUUCAGUGAUGGCAAUUUAUUAGUCUCUCAGAUUAUAUAAAGUAAACAUACAUUAAAGUAUAGUAAUAUUCUGUAAGUAAUGUUUCCUUUUAUAUCAUUAUAUCAUGUAAAAAUGUAUAGAAAUAUUAUAUGCCACAUUCUUCAAUAUUUGGUUAGGACAAGAACUUUUGCAAAAUUUAUGCAUGUUAAAUUGUAACUCUUUGUUUUUAUUUGUGUAAGUACAAUAUUGUUUUAUUACAAUUGUUUUUUACAUGGCAAAAUUUACAGUGAAAUUAUUUGUUCCAAGGACCAGUAAAAUACUAAAUUUAUAACAAAUAUGAUUUUUUCUUAUAAAUCUUACAUGAGUUAAUGAAAUUUUAUGUUCAUGUUAACUUUGGUUCUGUGGUUUUGGCAUCUAAUGAAAUUUUUAUUUUGAAAAUACAAAAAAUAUUAUAUACCUUAUAUAAUAUAAUAGAUAAUUUGUGUACAAUUGUUAUAAUUGUAAAUCAUGUAAGCAAAGCAUGCAAUUUUAUGUUGAAUGCUGGUAUCAAAUACUUUUUAAAGACAACAAUGUUUCUUAAUCUAAAACAAUGGAUCAUUUAAUACAUUCAAUAUUGUACCUAUUUAUAAUGACUAUUUUGGAUUUAUUUUAAGCAAUUGUUUAGUGUACUUCAAAAUUUUCUACAUAAUUCUCAUUGACAAUAUAAAGAAAAUACUUCAGUAACAUUCAUGAUAUAUAAAUGUGAUAUUUUAUGCAUAUAAAUUAUGCCUUUGUUAUUUGUUCAGUUGCUCUUUGGUGAAAAUUUUGAAAUAUACAGUAUUGAUGUGAAUUAUUGGCUUCAUUACUGUGCUGUUAUCCAUUAAUUGGAUUAUGUUAAAGACAGGACAGUAUUUGUAUGAAGUUAUACAACACUGAACAUUUCUGUAUAUAUUUGGAAUUUAAACAUUAGUUUUAAGUAGUUAAUGAUAACAUCAUAAAAUAACAUGUUAUUACUCAGCACUUUCAUGAUAAGUUGUGGGUUAUGAGAACAAAAGUGAUAGGAUGCUAUGACUCAUAAGAAUUUAAACACCUGCACAGAAAUUGGAAAAAAGUAAAUUCCCUGGUCAUGUAUUGUGAAUCUAAGCAAUAUUUGUUUAACAUGUUUAGAAUACAGCAGCUUGAAGUGAAGCCUAAUGCAACACCAGCUUUGUUAGAGUUUUAGAUAUUUGGAUGGCAUUUGUGCUGCAGACGUCCCUGUUGUUAUUGGUAUUGUGUAAGCAUUGUAUCAUAAAGUCCAUUGAGUGUAGUUAUGAAUACUAUUAUUAAUGUUUUGUUAUGGACCUUGCUUAAAAUGUUCAUCAUCCACAUGACCUUGCCUUUUAGUUGAAUACUAUUUAUUUUCUAAAUUCGUGAUUCUUUUGAUUCUCACAUGUUUUUACAUUGCAUAUUUUAUAAUUAUUAUAGUAUAAUUAAAUUACCUACAACAAAUAUAAAAUAAGAUCUAGUUAUAAUAAAGGAAGGUAAAAAGAUGUAUGCUGUAAUAAUGGUUGCUUCUAAUUUUAUAUUAAUAAAUAAAUAAAAAUAA